AUAGCUGUAGAGUGUAGUAGUCUAACUACUUUGACGCGAUCCUAGGAUUUUUUCAUAUGGGCAAUAUCUCCACUCGCGUCAAACACUGGAAAGACCAAAAUAGUGGAACAUUUUCAUCGCUGCUAUAGUCUCCGGAUUGUCUUGUGAAUUUGAAAAAUAGCUGAGGGAAAGAGACAACCAAGAUCUGAAUUCUUGAACAGUUGCUUCUGUAAGAAUUAGGUUUUUAAAGGAUUGGAGAUUUUGCAUUAUUAAAAAGACAAAAAAAUACACCAAAAUAUUAUUACGGAUGCGUAAGAGAUGAUAGAAAGAAAGUGCUAUUUUAAAUGUUUAUAUUUCAAUAAUUCUGACGCUUGUAGCCUUACAAAAUAAAACUGCAACAUGUUUAAAAAAAAGAAAAAAUCCCCAAGUGCUAAGGAUAUAAGUGCAAUGACAAAAAAGUCAGAAAAAACAAAUGUAUCGUCUCAAAGCUAUUCAUCAUUGCCUAAAAGUAUGUAUUCAGGCAAUGAUAAGCAACAAAGUAAGACUAGUACCCCAUCAAGAUCAAUAUCUGGAUCAGGAACAUUAAAUCUAGUUUGUUCAACAAGUUCGCAAGAAAUACGUGCACAUAGUCCACAAAGUCCGCUUGAUUUGCCAAUGGAAACUUUACAAUCUAUAAGUGAUGCAUACAAUCUUGGGAAAGGCCUAAAUGUAGAAAGUAGCAAUACUGCUGUCAAAUUACAGGGUAGGAGUCCUUACCAAAGUCCAGUUCAUUCUUCCUUUUUGUCAAGUCAAGCCAGCAGUAAACCUUCUACACGUCAUAGGUCUUUAGAGAAAAGUGAAUUUUCAGGAUUGUUUUCUGGAGAAUCAUCUCUAGAACGGCAGUUUGAAAGGUUGCAGAUGCUGCUGCCAACAUCUGAUCAGCACCAUGCAGAAGUAAACACUUCUAAUACAAUGCCAGUAUCAAAAGUGGAGCGAAGAACUGCAUCAAUGAACUACAGAGAGCGAUCACAAGAAAGAGAGCAAUAUCCACACAUGGGGGCUAGGUCUUUAGAAAGAGAACAUCUUUAUCACAUCAAUAAUCGAUCUAGGUCAAGAGAAAGACCUGACUUUACCUCGCAGCUACAGCAGACUCAGGAACAGUUUAGAAAUCUAAGUCGUGAUUCAUUGAUAUUAGAACUACAAUCUCAAAUUACUGAUUUAAAUAAAGAAUGUGCCAAAAUGCAACAAGAUUUAGACUCUACCAAAGAUAAGUUAAGCUCGACUAUGAAUAGUAUUAAAACAUUCUGGAGUCCAGAAUUGAAAAAAGAAAGAUCACUAAGAAAAGAGGAGAGUGCCAAAUACAGCCUUUUAAAUGAACAGUACAAGGCUACACAUGCUGAAUUAAAGAAGUAUGCCAGUAAUAUUAGAGAACUUGAGUCAAAAAUUCCAUCUGGCAAUGAAUUUUAUAGUGCAGUUCCGAAAGACGAACAUGAAAGUCUUAAACAUAGCCAUAAAGGACAAACUAAAGAAGUUAAAAUUUUACGAAAGUCUGUUGAUGAAAUGGAGUUACGUUUAGAGACACAGAAACAGACAUUAGCUGCACGAGAUGAAAGUAUAAAGAAAUUACUAGAAAUGCUGCAAAGUAAAGGUGUGGCUGUGGAUACAAUUGAGGAAUCACAAAGAGAGCUUGAGAAAUGCCGAGUGCAGAAGGUGGAGGACUCACUAAAGUUGGAAGAAUUAAGGCGUGACAUGGGAAGAAAAGACAAUGAAGUUGGUCAGCUUAUUGAAACCAAUAAAAAGUUGAUGGAGCAACUUGAACAAUGUCAGCUUCAGUUGAAACAGCAACCAGCUAGUACUCACACAAUGCAGGCAAUAAUGGAGGCUAAGGAUUCCAGAAUAUUAGCAUUGGAGAAAGAACUUGAAAGUUUAGAAGAUAAUUUACAUCGUCUUGGUGAAGAGGGAGGUCAGGACAAAGAAACAAGCCUCAAGAAAGAGAUGUUACCCACCAAGGAAAAGGCUCUGAAAUCUGAAAUUGAAAAUUUAAAGACAGAUGUAUCAACACGAGACAAUGAGAUUAUUGGCUUAAAGAUGAAAGUAGACACAUUGACCAAUCAGGAGAGUGAACAUCAACACUAUAUUAAUGUCCUCAAGGACCAAAUCAGAUCUAAAGAAGAGCAACUGUCUAUGUUUAAUGCAGACAUUGAUGAUCUUAGAGAAAGAUUAAAAGAAAAGGAUAACAUUAUUGAUAAGAAGGCUGAAAAUGCACAGACACUGUCAGUUGAUAAACGCAAAGUAGAACUAGAGUGUGCUGAACUCAAAGACAACCUUAAUAUCAAGGAACGGAAAGUGAAUGUUCUUCAGCGCAAAGUUGGCAACUUGGAAGAUCUUUUGGCAGAAAAGGAAGAUCAGUUAACCCAAAUAAAGACCCAGUCGAGUAAUUGUAUUGAGUCUUCAGACAGUGCUAUCUCAGCCAUGGAGGAAUCUAUCUCAGAAAAAGACAAACAGAUUGAAAGAUUAAAAGAGCAAAGAGAUCUUCUAGAGUUAGAACAUCAACAGGAAUGUGAGAGACUUGAGACAAACAACCAGAAGCUGAAGUUAGAACUAGAUACUCUUCAGCUUGAAGUUACAGACAAACAGACAGAACUGUGUGAACUGCGUGAAGAAGUUUCAGAACUAAAAGCAUCACGGUUCAAAGUUGAAACAAGACUGAGGCAGCUAGAACUAAGUAUAUGUGACAAAGAUUCUGAAAUCUCUAGGUGUAACCAAAAACUAGAGGAGUUGAAAGUGUCAAAGACAGCAUCAAAAGUUGAAGCAACAGAAGAACAGUUGGCCAGUCUCAGUAAGACAAUUGAACAGUGUAAGACAGAGAUGAAAUCAGCACAGUCGGAAGUGGAUAGGUUACUGGAGAUCCUUAAAGAAACUGAAAAUGAAAAGAAUGAAAAGGAUAAUCAGAUAAAGGAACUACAAGACACUGUAAGCCAGUACAAACAGAAAUUCGGUACAUUGAAGAGACAACAUCAGAAAGACAAACAAAAGAAUGCACAUCUUCUUGAGGAGGCUCGCAGAAGGGAGGAAGAUAUUGGUACAGAUGCUGAACAUCUCAAGGGAUCUAUGAAAGAAAAAGAAGGUCGCAUUGAAGAACUGGAGGAAGCAUUGAGGGAGAGUGUAAAAAUCACUGCAGAAAGGGAAAUGUUACUUAUGGAACAGAAGAUGCAAAUUGAUUCAAGUCAGAAUAAAAUUGAGGAACUACAAGCAGACCUAGAGAAGGCAAAAGCUUCCACAAGAGAAUACACCACUAAACUGUCAUCAUAUGUAAAACAGUUGGAAGACAAAGAUGUUAAACUGAAGAAACUAAAUGCAGAAAGACAUAAACAUAUGGAGGAAGUUUUUGAAAUGAAACAGGAAGCAUUACAGUCAACAAUUACACAGAUAGACAGUAACAUUGGAAUGCUGGAAAUGACAAGUACAAGGAAACAAAACAAUAUACAAGAAAUUGAUGGGCUCAGUCGCAAAAAAGAUGAACUAAAACAGCAGCUGAAAAAACUGAUUCAAGACAGAGACAGGUAUCUUCAUGAAAGAAGUAGAGGAAAAAGAUCAAAGUCAAGAAUAUCUGAUCCAGAAUCCAUAAAACUUGAUGAAAACAGGGCUACAGAUUCAACUACCUUGGAACAUACAGAAACAGAUACACAGAAUUCAGAUGUCACCAGACAACUUGAAAAUAAAGACCUUACAUAAUUUAGAAGCAUAACAUGCUAUACAGUAUUGUGAUUAAUUAUGUCUCCCACCACACAGUGGUGUGGGAGACAUACUGAUUUACUCCAGUCUGUGUGUCUGUCUGUCACAAAGCUUGUCCGCACUCUAAGUCAAACAUUUCUCACCCGAUCUUCACCAAACUUGAACAAAAUGUGUCUGACCAUAAGACCUUGGCCAAGUUCGAUAACUAGCCAAAUCGGCCCAGGCACUUCGGAAUUAUGGCCCUUGAAUUACCAGAAAAUCCUCGGAGCGCAUGCACUUUCGUACACCCAAACCGUACCGUAUAUUACUUUUAUUCGUAGUUUAGGGUACGUUUUGGGUGCAAGAAAGAGCAUGCGCAAGUAGUAUAGGGUACAUUUUUGUCCAAGAAAGCGCAGACUGACUUACUAUUUAGAUGAUUAGGCAGUUGUGGGAGACAUGCGCUUUUCUCAAAAG